ACUUUAGCACAUUAUGGGUUCAUCUGAUCUUAAUUUGAAAAAAUCUUGGCAUCCUGCCACCUUCAAAAACCAAGAGCGUGUAUGGAAAGAAGAACAAAAACGCAAAGAAGAAGAUCGUAAACUCGAACAGCUCAAAAAAGAGCUGACAGAAGAAAGACAACUUCAAGAAUUGCAACGUAUGCAAGAAGAAGCAGGCACCAAAAAGAGAUCGAAUAAGCUGGAUUGGAUGUAUGCUUCACCUAAUGCCAAUUUAAACAACUCUUCAAAUAACAGCAUGGAAGACUUCUUAUUGGGCAAGAAGAAUGUUGAUGAUCUACUUCGUGCUAAGCAAAGAGAACAAGUGGUAAGUGUGUGAUUGAACACUGUAUGUAUUCACUCUCUGUAGCAAGCUGCUACUGCUGCGGAAGAAAGUCGAUUUACUCUUUCAAAUGCCAAUGCUAACUCAGAACGUGAUAUUCAAGCUAAAAUUCGAGAAGAUCCUUUAUUAAUGAUCAAAAAACGAGAGCAAAUGGCGCUCAAAGCCAUUGUUGAAAAUCCUUUAAAACUAAAAGAACUCAAAAAAAGAGAGAAAAAAGACAAGAAAAAGAAGAGCUCGGAACACAAAUAUCACAGUAGUCGACGAGAACAUAGUCAUGACCGCAGUAGUAAAAGAAAAAGAGAUGAUAGUAGAGAACACUCAAGCCGACACAGAAGACGAAGAAGUGCUUCUCCACGUCGUAGAUAACUAAUAAUAAACAAAUUUAUUUACAAAAACAAAGAUUUUACA